GUUGAGGGGGACAGAAUAAAGAGAGACGAGGGGGAAGCAGGGGGUCGAGAAGCCCGGAGAAGAGCCAGAGAAAAGUGGGGUGCAAGAUGCAGCUGGCCGCGGUGCUGUGGGGCGUCCUGGCAACUUUGUUCCUCAGCCAGAGUCCAGGUGUUCAGGGGAGUGCUGACUGUUCGUGCGGGAGGAACCACUUCACAUGUGCGGUCAGCGCGUUUGGGGAGUGUACCUGCAUUCCGGCCCAGUGGCAGUGUGACGGAGACAAUGAUUGCGGGGACCACAGCGAUGAGGACGGAUGCAUGCUCCCUACCUGCUCACCGCUGGAUUUCCACUGUGACAAUGGGAAGUGUAUUCGUCGCUCCUGGGUUUGCGAUGGAGACAACGACUGUGAAGACGACUCCGACGAACAAGACUGCCCUCCCAGAGAAUGCGAAGAGGAUGAGUUCCAGUGCCAAAAUGGCUACUGCAUCCGCAGCCUCUGGCACUGUGACGGCGACAACGAUUGUGGUGACAACAGUGACGAGCAGUGCGAUAUGCGCAAAUGUUCAGACAAAGAGUUCCGGUGCACAGAUGGAAGUUGUAUCGCUGAGCAUUGGUACUGUGAUGGAGACACGGACUGUAAGGAUGGAUCAGAUGAGGAAAAUUGCCCCUCAGAUGUGAUGACGGCCACCUGCAGCGUGGAGGAGUUCCAGUGUGCAUAUGGCCGCUGUAUCCUGGAUAUCUACCACUGCGACGGAGAUGAUGACUGUGGAGACUGGUCAGACGAGUCGGACUGCUCUUCCCAUCAACCCUGCAGAUCAGUUGAAUUCAUGUGCAGUAGCGGCAUGUGCAUCAACUCUGGCUGGAGAUGUGAUGGCGAAUAUGACUGUGACGAUCAGUCGGACGAAAAGAACUGCACUUCGUCAAUGUGUACGGCUGACCAGUUCCGGUGUGGAACUGGACGUUGUGUGCGGUUGUCAUGGAGAUGUGACGGUGAGGAUGACUGCACGGAUCGGAGUGAUGAAGAGGGGUGUGAGAAAACUGACAGUCCUCCAUGUGCUCCUGAUCAGUUCCAGUGUGGGAAUGGCCGUUGCAUCGGACAGAGAAAAGUGUGUAACGAGGUCAACGACUGCGGUGAUGGGACAGAUGAACACCCACACCAUGACUGCAGGCCACGCUCCAGUGAGGGCAACUGUAACCAGAAUAAUGGAGGCUGCUUACAGAAGUGUCAGAUGGUCAGAGGCCUGGUCCAGUGCACCUGUCACAACGGAUACCGACUGACCGACGACAACAAAUCCUGCCAGGAUGUGGAUGAGUGUGCGGAAGAGGGUUACUGUAGCCAGGGCUGUACCAACACGGAGGGGAGUUUCCUGUGCCGCUGUGUCCACGGCUACGAGCUUCGGCCUGAUAAGCGCAGCUGCAAAGCUCUGGGUCCAGAGCCAGUGCUGUUGUUUGCAAACCGCAUCGACAUCCGACAAGUUUUGCCACACCGCUCAGAAUACACCCUCCUGCUCAACAACCUGGAAAACGCCAUCGCGCUGGACUUCCAUCACAGCCGAGAGCUCGUCUUCUGGUCGGACGUGACGCUUGACCGCAUCAUGAAGGCCAACCUCAACGGUUCUAACGUGGAGGAGGUCAUCUCCACCGGUCUGGAGAGCCCAGGGGGAUUGGCUAUAGACUGGAUCCACGAUAAGCUUUACUGGACAGACUCCGGGACGUCCCGCAUUGAAGUGGCCAAUCUGGACGGGACGCACCGGAAAGUGUUGCUGUGGCAGAAUAUGGAGAAGCCCAGAGCCAUUGCAUUGCACCCCAUCGAGGGUAAGAUUUACUGGACGGACUGGGGGAACACGCCACGCAUCGAGUACGCCAACAUGGACGGCUCGAACCGCAGGGUCAUCGCAGACACACACCUGUUCUGGCCCAACGGCCUCACCAUUGACUACGCCAGCCGCCGCAUAUAUUGGGUGGACGCCAAGCAUCACGUCAUCGAGAGAGCAGACCUGGAUGGACGCAACCGCAAGGCCGUCAUCAGCCAAGGCCUUCCGCAUCCAUUUGCCAUCACAGUUUUUGAGGACAGCCUGUACUGGACUGACUGGCACACCAAGAGCAUCAACAGUGCCAACAAGUUCACAGGCAAAAACCAGGAGGUUAUCCGCAAUAAGCUCCACUUUCCUAUGGACAUCCAUACCCUUCACCCACAAAGGCAGCCUGCAGGUGGCAGAAACCGCUGUGGAUCCAACAAUGGAGGUUGCAGCCACCUGUGUCUCCCCAGCAACAAGACCCACACGUGCGCCUGUCCCACUGGCUUCAAAAAAGUGGACGACAACAACUGUGCUGACAGUCUUGACAAGUUCCUGCUUUUUGCCCGAAGGACGGACAUCCGACGAAUCAGCUUUGAUACUGAGGACAUGUCCGAUGAUGUCAUCCCGCUGGCCGACGUGCGCAAUGCCGUGGCAGUUGACUGGGAUGACAAAGAUGGCUACAUUUACUGGACGGACGUCACCACAGACUCCAUUAACAGAGCACUGUGGAAUGGUACCAACCAGGAGGUGGUGGUAGAUACAAGCCUGGAAAGCCCUGCAGGUUUGGCAAUUGACUGGGUGACCAACAAACUUUAUUGGACCGAUGCUGGUACGGAUCGUAUCGAAGUUUCCAAUGCAGACGGCAGCAUGCGGACUGUGUUGAUCUGGGAGAACUUGGACCGACCCAGAGACAUUGUGGUCGACCCAACGGGAGGUUUCAUGUACUGGACCGACUGGGGAGCCAACCCAAAGAUUGAGCGUGCAGGAAUGGACGCCUCCAAUCGGAUUGUCAUAAUCUCGUCCAAUCUGACAUGGCCCAAUGGACUCGCCAUCGACUAUGAGACCAAACGCUUGUAUUGGGCCGACGCAGGCAUGAAAACUAUUGAAUAUGGCAACUUUGACGGUUCUGACAGACAGGUUUUGAUAGGCAGUCAGUUGCCUCACCCUUUCGGGCUCACAGUACACAAAGACAAGCUGUACUGGACUGACUGGCUGUCCAAAAGCAUCCAGAGUGCUGAUAAACUCACUGGCUUGGAGCGCCACACGCUGGCUGAAAAUCUGGAAAAUCUUAUGGAUAUUCACAUGUUCCAUCGGCACCGGGAAACCGUGAAUAAUCCGUGUGCAGUGAAUAAUGGAGGAUGCAGCCACCUCUGUCUCCUGGCGCCUGCUCCCAAAGCUUCCAGCUGCUCCUGUCCCACAGGGAUCAAUCUGCAGAGUGACGGGAAGACCUGCACACCUGGCAUGAGUAGUUUCCUUAUCUUUGCCCGGCGGACAGACAUCAGGAUGGUUUCUCUUGACAUUCCAUAUUUUGCUGAUGUGGUUCUGGCUGUCAACAGCUCAAUGAAAAACACUAUUGCUAUUGGUGUUGACCCCAAAGAAGGUAAAGUCUACUGGUCUGAUAGCACACUAAAGAAAAUCAGCAGAGCCAACAUUAAUGGAACAGCCCAUGAAGACAUCAUAUCUACGGGCUUGAUGACAACAGAUGGACUGGCGUUGGAUGCUGUUGGCAGGAAAAUUUACUGGACCGACACUGGAAUCAACCGUAUUGAAGUAGCCAACCUGGAUGGCUCAAUGAGAAAAGUUCUUGUGUGGCAGAACCUUGACAGUCCCCGAGCCAUAGCUCUUUACCACGAGAUGGGUUACAUGUACUGGACGGACUGGGGAGAGCAUGCCAAGCUAGAGCGCUCAGCUAUGGAUGGGUCGGACCGUGUGGUCCUCAUAAGUAACAACCUGGGCUGGCCUAAUGGUCUGGCUGUGGACACAGCUGGAUCCCAGUUACUGUGGGCCGACGCUCACACUGAGCGCAUUGAGGCAGCUGACCUGAAUGGGCAAAAUCGACGCACCCUUGUGACUCCCGUCCAACACCCCUAUGGUUUGACCCUUCUGGGCUCUCAUAUAUACUGGACGGACUGGCAGAGCCGCAGCAUCCAGCGAGCCGACAAGAACACCGGGGCCAACACCAUUACUGUGAGAGCAAAUCUGCCUGGCCUGAUGGACAUUCAAGCUGUGGACAGAGACAGACCUCUUGGUUUUAAUAAAUGCGCACGAAGGAAUGGAGGGUGCACACAUCUCUGCCUCCCUCGUCCUAACGGCACUUCCUGUGCAUGCCCUACUGGCAUUCAGCUUAAGGGAGACGGCAGGUCUUGUGAAGACUCCCCAGAGACAUACCUGCUCUUCUCCAACCGUGUCAGCGUGCGCAGAAUCUCCUUGGACACCAGUGACCACACUGAUGUGCACGUUUCAGUUCCUGAGCUGCACAAUGUCAUCUCACUGGACUAUGACAGCGUUGAUGGAAAGCUCUACUACACAGAUGUAACUCUGGAUGUUAUCAGGAGGGCUAAUCUGGAUGGCAGUGGCAUGGAAACAGUAAUCAGCCAGGGCCUGAAAACCACAGAUGGACUGGCUGUGGACUGGGUGGCCAGAAACAUGUACUGGACUGAUACCGGGCGGAACACCAUUGAAGUGGCCCGCCUGGAUGGGACGUGCCGCAAAGUCCUGGUGAACAACAGUUUGGAUGAACCACGAGCCAUUGCAGUGUUCCCUAGCAAAGGGUUUCUCUUCUGGACAGAUUGGGGUCACAUUGCGAAGAUUGAGCGAUCCCAUCUUGAUGGCUCUGAUCGAAAAGUUCUAAUCAACACGGAUCUGGGAUGGCCCAACGGUCUUACUCUAGACUACGACACAAGAAGGAUCUACUGGGUGGACGCCCACUUGGACAGGAUCGAGAGUUCAGACCUGAACGGAAAGCUGCGUCAGGUCCUCGUUAGUCCCGUGUCGCACCCUUUCGCCCUUACACAGUCGAAGCCGGUGUCCUCCCCUCUAACUCCUUUCUCCCGACUCUCGCAGCAAGACCGCUGGAUCUACUGGACGGACUGGCAGACUAAGUCCAUCCAGCGAGUGGAUAAACACACUGGUCGCAAUAAGGAAACUGUGCUGGCCAAUGUGGAGGGCCUGAUGGACAUUAUAGUGGUAUCUCCACACAGACAGACAGGUACUAACCUGUGUGGAGUAAAUAAUGGAGGCUGCUCUCACCUCUGCUUCGCUAAGACCAUCAGUUUUGUUUGUGCCUGCCCAGAUGAACCAGAUGGGCGACCCUGUUCUACUGUUGCAGGUUACAUUCCCACUUCUCCUACCAAAGGUGCCAGCAGCACUCCUGUCCCCAAAAAGAUUCCCAACAGACCGACAGACUCGCCACACAGGGGACCCUCGCUUACCAACUGCACUGAGAAGGAUUUAAACGCUGGAGCCUGCUUGAACACGGUGGUGACAGCCCCUCAUGGAGAAGGACUUCAUAUCAGCUAUGUGAUUGGUGGGGUUCUCACCAUCCUGGCGAUUCUGAUCCUGAUUGCUGCUUUUAUCAUUUACAGACACAAAAAGUCUAAAUUUGCUGAACCCGGUGUGAGCAAUCUGACCUACAGUAACCCCUCCUACCAGACAUCCACACAAGAGGUCAAGAUCGAAACAUCGCAGAAGCCGCCGAUAUACAACCAGCUUCGAUAUAAGAAAGAGGGUGGAGUGGAUGGAGGUUACACGAAGGAGAAGAUCCGCAUAGUGGAGGGUGUGUGCCUCCUGUCCAGUGAGGAGCUUUACUGGGACGACCUGAAACAGAUCAAGCCGUCCCGAGGCGGCCUGCACACCUGCAUACGCACAGACACAGUGUCCCUGCAGACCAGCAGCGCUUCGCUCGACGAUGGCGAGAUGGAGCAGCUCCUCCAGGAGGAGGCGUCUGAGUGCUCCUCCAUAGCCACACUGACACCCUCAGCCAUCACCCCGCAGCGCCACGCCCAGCACAGCCUGCCCGACACCGGCUGGGCCUCCAUACGCAAACCCUCCACCGAGAGCGAAGUGUGAGAGAAACUUUCUCUGCGCUUCAUCUCAACUAUUUUUCACAUAACACACACGCAUGCAGACACCUAUGUUCAAAGCUGGUACAGAUUCAAAGAUUAACUGAAGUAAAUGUAAAGUAAUAGUUCACAUGAACCCGGUUAGACACAACAAACAGCUUCUGUCUUUAAAACUGGAGCUCCGUCCUGGUUAAACAUGUACACACCGAACAACAGAACUCCCAGUGCCACUUCCUCCAGGCAGAGUGAUGAACUAAAGGAGCAUGCCAGUGUAAGAAGGCAAAAGACUCCUGGGAGGAUGUAAACAGACACUAAAACUACCUGGAGCCGAUUUAAAGGACGGAAACUCGACAAGACGAGUACUUCUUUGUGUACCUCACGUCUACUUUUUGGAACUAUUUCUGGGACAAAACUAAAGCUACAUAUUUCAUUCAACAACAGUUCUCACUCAGAUGCCAGUCAUGUCUAUAUGAACUCUAUUUAUAAACCUUUUCUGUUUUUUUACUUGAGUGGGUUUUUGAUGAGUGUUGUGUGAGCAGUUUGUGCAGCAGGACUUUUAUUUUAUGACGGUGCCAAAGGGCGAGACUUCAUAUGGUCUCCACGCUUCCCUCUCCGCCUUCACUUGCAUUUGAGAUUCUUGAAAACUUUUGGGCAGUUUUUUUUUUUUUUUUUUCUUCUGCGCUUACAUUACAAACUGGAAAGUAAGCCAGUAAAAUGUCGCUGUUGCAGGUUAGAAAGCUCACUCCAGAUAUUUUUUUUUUAUUCUCAUAAAGCCUCCAAACAGGAAAAAGGUGAUCUACUCUCAGAUGGUUUAUGCAUUUUCUGGAAACGUUGCUGAAAGUCUUUUAGUUUAUAUUUCAGAGCAUGUUUUUUUUUUUUCUUUAACACAGAAAAACAAGCUUCGGGGAUGCAAAUUCCUUAGUGUGAAACACUUUAAUCUUUCUCCUUCGGUUUUAUAUUUAAUAUUGUAUUAAUUAAAAUGUUGGUGACAUUUUUCUUAGCUGCAUAGCCUUUCAGAUAGACGCAAACAUCUGAAAACAGCUUUGUCAUUUCAUUCAGCAUAUCAUUCUUUGAUCUUCCCCCAAAAAAGAGCAAUAUUUUUUGCUGAGGUUUUCUCUACGGUUAAAUAUUACCUUUUUGUAGCACUUACUUUUAGAAUGUAAAGUUCUUUAAUAUUAACUAAUUCAGUAUGGACAAAACAGACUCCUCAGAUCUCAGUUUAUUUAUGUUCCCAUUUUAAAUGUAUUAUACAUUGGUUUUUACACAGUAUUCCCAUGUCUGUACGGAAUGAUCACAUUAAAGCUCUUUUUAGCAACUUGAUCACAGUUCGAUUUGGCUUUCUGCAUUCAUGACUUACAUUUUAGAAGCAAGUGGGUCAGAAAUCUGGCACACAAGUAUUUGCUUGGUGAAAUGCUGCUUGGUUUAAAGAUGACCUAAGUUUAUCAGUUUGCAUCCUUAAAGCAGCCGUCAACAAACGGUACAGUGUGCAAGUCCCACCACCUCAGUGAGGAUUGUCAUUUCUCUACCAAGCAGUUUUUGGGUAUUGCUUUAACGUUAGACUACAGUCCUUGCUGUUUAAAUGCAGUACGUAAUCCUAUAUCACUAUACAGACAAAUAUAUCUUUUAGACGUAAUAGAGACAUGUAUUUUGAAGUAUCUGCUACAAGCUCAGCAACUUGCUGAUUUGCUGCUAGACUUAGCACUGAGGCCAAUGGAAGAGGGUCUUGGCAGCUACAUAACUACAGUCUCUAAGGAUUAGUUGACAGUAGGAGCUUUUGGAGCAUCGUGACGACUCAGUAUUAAGUUAUCCCGGCUCACAGUCUCUCCAACUCUGCUGCAGGAAAUGCUAGAAACUGUACAUAUUUUACCAUAUGGAUUGUUGAAGCAAAUGUUUCUGUUUAUAUUGUGUUAAUGGAUUUGUAAAGUCUUUUGUACAAAGGGAUUUCAUGACCGUUUUUAGACUUUUAUUAAUUUUACUCACUGGAGAGAAAAAGUUUUUUUUUUUUUUGUUGCUGUUUUUGCUGGAUUAUUUUAACCACUGUGUUUUUAAGCUUUGUAAAUGAUAGGGAAGGUGCCAGUUAUUUAAUAGUGCUCUUUUAUCUUAUGAAAUACUGGUCACAUAUAGUUGUUGUAAAGUUAACAAAGAGGUAUUUAUGAUUUUUUUUUUUUUGGUUGUCAUUUAUGUGUAAAUAUGAAAAGACUGUAUAUGUAUUUCCCUGGCAGUACUAACAAGCUGUGUUGUGUGAUAUAGUGAAUUAUUCCUUUGCUAUCUUUUAAUAUAAAAUGGCAUUUGCAUUUCAGUGAAACAUUU